UCUCCCUCCUUGCUGUGGAUCCCCAAGGACGGUGGCCAGGUACACAUCCCGCCGGCCGCCGCUACAAGAUCUCGACGACGGCGCGCUGGUGUGCAGCCGCUACCUCCUCUUUGAUUCCGUUUGCCGCCGCUGGUGUGGACAGGGCCUCCGAGGUCCGCGUGUGCCACCGCCGCCAGCUCCGCGUGCGCCACCGGCGGCCAGCUCCGCCCGCGCCACCGCGAGAGGGAGGGAGCAAAGGCAGGAGCAGGCCGGGAGGGCGGGAAAGAGCCUAGCGGCGUGGGAUGCCGAGCUGCCGCGGCUAGGCAUUUUCUCCGAGCGAGCGGGGCGGUAUCCCGAGUCAGAUAGCGAGGGACGCCGGAUACCGAAUCAGUUGCAUCGCUGUUUUAAGCGGAUAACGGGGCGAGGAGGAAAAGCGAGGGAGCGAGCGUCAGUGCGUCGCGGACGGGAGAGGCGCCAUGGCGAUGCGAGCAGCUACGGCGGCGGCCACAGGCUUCUUUUCUUCGCCCUCCUCCGUCUCCCCGAGGCGUUUCUCGUCCUCCUCGCCGCCGGCGUCGCUCUCCGCCGGGCGCUGCAUCCGUCGCCAUCGUCUCCGCGCCUUUCCGAGUUCGGAAUUGCCUCUGGAGGAACUCAACCCAUCCGUUGAUCUACUGAGAAAAACUGCUGAGGCCGUCGGUGAUUUCAGGAAAACGCCAAUCUAUAUCGUUGGCACGGACUGCACAGCCAAGCGCAACAUUGGCAAGCUCCUUGCCAAUUCUAUAAUAUACCGCUACCUCUGCAGCGAGGAACUGCUCGAGGAUGUUCUUGGUGGCAAGGAUGCCCUUAGAGCCUUCAAGGAAUCAGAUGAGAAGGGCUAUCUUGAAGUCGAGACCGAAGGGUUAAAGCAGCUCACGUCCAUGGGUAGCCUUGUGCUUUGCUGUGGGGAUGGCGCUGUCAUGAACUCAACUAAUCUGGGCUUACUGAGGCAUGGUGUCUCCAUUUGGAUUGACGUUCCUCUCGAGAUGGCAGCGAACGAUAUGCUGAAGAGCACGGGAACACAAGCUACUACAGAUCCAGACUCUUUCUCACAGGCAAUGAGCAAGCUCCGUCAGCAGUAUGAUGAACUGAAAGAACGCUAUGGAAUUUCUGAUAUUACUGUUUCAGUACAAAAAGUGGCUUCUCAGCUGGGCUACAGCAGUGUUGACUCUGUGACCCUUGAGGACAUGGUUCUUGAAAUUGUGAGGCAAAUUGAGAGACUGAUCCGAGCAAAAGCGAUGAUGGAAGCUGCAGGGAAGCCCUUCUAGACAAUAGGCGCGACAUUCCGCUCCGGCAUUUACAUAUUAUCUCCAGUUGCCAGAGCAGGCAUUUGGCUCUUCCAUGGAGCUGAUUACAGUUAACCCACGAAUCAAGCACAAGCAUUUUCAAAUCCGAGGAGCAGAAUCACACUGUUGUGCUCGAAUAUGCUUAUUUCGUAUUGUAAAAUCGCAUGUCAUUUGAUAGCCCAUUGUGUAAAUCUGCCAUGGUGCAGCAACUUUCAGAUUGUAUUUACUGUCAAUGGAAAUGACAGAUCUGCCUGUCCAUGCUCCAAAGGCCGAAAUCUGGAGAAUUUUGAGAAGGGAAAAAUUUGAGAAUCCCUUUACGAUGAACAUGUUGCCCUGUUGGAGGCUUUUGCAGGAA